AUGGUAGCUACACGUGAAGGUAUACUUUACACAACAAUCUCGGAAGAAACUUUGUUUAACGUCUACAGACAACAGAACAGGAAACAAAGUGAGACUCCUGUUGACGAGGCAUUUGCAAAAUGUAAUGAUAUAGUACAGGAUUUCACUGUGUUGAUGCAUCUACUGAAAUCCUCGAUCGGCACAGGGAUACUUUUCUUACCCAAUGGAUUUAGGAGAACGGGCUACACAUUGUCAAUAACUUGCAGUGUCAUCAUCGGAUUAUUGUGUACUCAUACUGCUGUCACAUUGGUGCGAUGCGCUCAGGUGUUAUGCAGACGCAAUCGCAUACCGAUGCUGGAUUUCGCCAAAACGGCGGAGGUCUCGUUACAGAGCGGUCCACUGAGGAUUCGAAAGUACGGGAAAAUUUUCGGUGUGUUUACGAAUAUCAUCGUCUGCGUCGUCCACUUCCAAGCGGUGGUGAUAUACACAAUCUACGUAGCCACCUCCUUUCAGCAAGUGAUCGAAUUCUUCUCCAGCUUCGAAAUGGACAUACGGAUCUAUAUAUUGGCAAUGUUCCCUUUCAUCUGUGGGCUUGGCUUCGUGCCGAACCUGACGUAUCUCGCACCUUUUUCCAUAAUCGGUUUCCUGCUGACUUACCUCAUCGACGAUUUUCCUGAUCCCGGAAGGCUCCAAGCAUUCACACAUCCAUGGCCAGUCCCGAUGUACUGUAGCCUGAUGCUCUACGCUCUGCACAAUAUGACCAUCUGCAUGCCUCUGGAGAACACGAUGAAGCAUCCGCUACACCUGCCACGGUUGAUUGUAUUCAACAUGCUACUUAAUACCUGUCUUUACACGGCAUUUGGCUUCCUCGGUUACAACAAGUACAUGAACACCACCUGCGACACGGUGAUCAAGAACUUGCCGAUAGAGGACACUCUAGCGCAGUCGAUUAAAAUAGCUGUCUCUUUGUCCGUCCUUUUCUCGUUUGGAUUAACCUACUAUGUGCCAAUUUCGAUAUUAUGGCCGAUAAUCGAGCCAAAAUAUGAGACCUACAAGUACUGCAAAGCUACCUUUCGUUUAAGUGGAAUAUUGUUAACAACAUUAUUGGCCAUCGCAGUCCCUAUAAUGGUUCCCCUACUCGGAUUACUCGCAGCGUUAAGCAUGACCACGGUGAUUCUGUUAAUCCCUAUAAUAAUAGAGACAGCAACAAAAUGGGAAAAAGCUACGUGGUUCCUGUUAGCAAAAAAUAUCAGCAUUUCCGUUGUCUGGAUGCUCCUGUUGGUAUUUGGAGCAAUCGAAAGCACGCGGUCCAUCAUCAGAGAAUACAAUGGCGCUAAAGAAAACGGAUGCUAA